UGGUGUACGUGGUUUUACUUUAUUUUAAAAUUCGUUUGGUAUUUGUUGCAUUAUCCUUCAAAAAGCCUAAACAAGCUAAUCCCAGGGUCGUCACUUAACAGGCUCUACAGCUGCAGCAACGAGACACGAGUGAGGAGAAAUGGAAUUUCCUGAUCUGGGGAAACACUGUUCGGAGAGCUUUUGCAGGCAAAUCGACUUCUUGCCUGUAAAAUGUGAUGCAUGUCAGAAAGUUUUCUGUAGUGAUCAUUUCACGUACAGCUCGCAUCAAUGCCCUUCUGCGUACAAGAAAGAUGUCCAGGUGCCAGUCUGCCCCCUGUGCAACGUCCCAGUACCCAUGAAGCGGGGGGACAUGCCAGAUAUCUCUGUGAGUGCGCACAUUGACAAUGACUGCAAAAGUGAUCCAGCUGUGAAGAAGAGGAAAAUCUAUACAAACAGGUGUAACAAGAAGGGCUGCAAGGUGAAGGAACUGAUCAAAGUCACCUGUGACAGCUGCCAGCUCAAUUUCUGCCUCACUCAUCGGCAUCCCCAAGAUCACGAGUGUGGAGGUGCCGCAAAGGGAGCUUCGACAAGCAGGGCUGGCCUGGCUGCCAUGCAGAGGCUUCAGGCAUCCAAGGCAGCCCCCAGAUCCACCGGAAGCAGUUCAUCUUCCAACUCGGGCAGCAGGUGGAGUAGAAAUGUGUCUCGCGCCUCUCCCGCAGAGCUGCAAGGGAACCUGACUGAAGAUCAGGCACUGGCCAGGGCUAUCCAGGAGUCUCUGUCGGAAUCCAGACCAAUGACCCAGGAGGAAAUGGACCGUGAGAUCGCCCAGGCCCUGGCCGCUUCAGAUGAGGCUCAGAGACCAGCCGCCAGAGCACAGAGACCAACCAACAGCUGUGCUAUGGCAUGAUUGUGAUAAAUGAUAACUGGUUUGUCAGAUACCUAUGUACUUAUUUCAGACAUCUAUUUUUGUGAUGUGAUUACUGAUUAGUUGGACAGGCAGUACAAAGUGCACAGUGCAUGUCUGUGGUAUUCCAGAAUCCACACCAUAAUUGCUGGACAUGAUGUGAUCACUGAGUAGGAAGCAAAACCUAUUUCAAAUGUUAUCGCUGCCUUGUAUUGCAAGCUGACUCACACUUAUUUGCUACCUUCACCAUUCAUGGUUUGUGUGGUGAAAGCUUUGAAUGUGAUAAUUCCUUGGAAUAGGUGGAAAUCUGUGUGUGUCACCAUUCACUAUUAGUGUCUCUAGGUGACCAUUUGACUAGGUAACUUUGGCUCAGUGAAUUAGAGCAGUGUGACUCAAAACUGCGGCACUGUUACAUCAUGCAGAAUUUUGAACAAGCACCUUUACCUUGUAUUGAUAGCUUAUUGCGUUUGCUUCUGAGUGAUAUGUGAAAUAAAUGGAGAUAAACUCA